UAAUUAUAAAAAUAAUAAUCAAGUUUUUUUUUAAACAAAAAACAUAAAAGAUUGUUUCAAAAAUCUACCUUUCGUCAUGGUCUACUAUGGAUUUUGCAAGGGCUAGAAACUUGAGAACCCAAUGAAGUCCUCUAUGACGACAAAUUCAACCCAACCGACUUGUAAUUACAAUAAUGCAGAGUUAUCAAAAAGUGAAAUAAGAAAUGCUCAAGACAACAAAAAUAAAAUAUUUAUUUGCAAGAUCAUUUUGUUAUAAUACCAUUAUGGAAGGAAAUAAUCCAAUAUUGUUUAAAUCGCUCGAAUCCAUAAUGAAGGUGUUAAAUUGUCACAAAGAUAAUUCAAAUGUUGUUGAGUUGUUAAACAUAUAUCAAUCAAAAAAGGAGCUAGGAAAUGCUGCUGAAUCAAAAAAAUUUCCAUUAAUUGUCUUCGAAGGUUUAGAUGGGUGCGGAAAAACUACUCUAUCAAGAGCUUUAUCGAAAAAACGUGGAGCUGAAUUAAUAUGUACACCACCCAAAUCCAUUGGUCAUUUACGAUCUUCACUCGAAGAUACAAUUCUCCGUACUGCAUUUUAUUCAUUGGGAAAUUACAUUGCUGCCGAAGACAUUCGUGUAAUGACAACUCGAUCUCCUGUUAUAUUGGAUAGAUAUUGGCAUUCUACUGGAGCUUAUUUUUUAGCAGAAGCAGUGCAUAGAAAAGAAAUGGAAUUGCCCCCAAUCGAAGAUGAGAUUUAUAAGUGGCCAACUGAUUUACUUAAACCUGAUCUGGUUAUAUACUUGGAUGUAAAUGAAGAAAAUCGUUUAGAAAGAAUAUCAAGACGUCCAACUUGUACCGAUCAAGAAUCUUUGAUCAAAACGAAUGCAGACUUUCGUAAAAAUAUUAUAACGGCCUAUGAGCGAAUGAUUGAUCCAAAAAUUGAGAAAGUUGAUUCGAAUUUAACUUUUAACAUGACUUUGAGUAAGUUAUUUGAUGCAACUAAUCAUUUAUUUGUGCGUUAAAAUAUAUUUAUAAAUUACGUUGCGUCCUAACGACGUUUAAGUAUUUUUAUA